GAAAUGUCCUGUUCCAGGAUCCAAUGAACCCCAACCAGACUGUGAUAGUAAUAAGAUCGCUGGUGCCCGGUGGCGUGGCUCAGGUCGACGGUCAGCUCAUACCGGGCGACCGUCUGCUGUUCGUGAACGACAUCGGCCUGGAGAACGCUACCCUGGACCAGGCGGUGCAGGCGUUGAAGGGCGCCCCGAAAGGCACCGUGCGCAUCGGCGUGGCGAAGCCGUUGCCCAUCCCAGACAGUAUUGUCCAGGUGAGCGAUCAAGAUGAUCGGAUCGAACCGACCACCGAUGAUAGGGACGAUAACGAGGCCGCCGUGUGCUCGAUCAUGGACAGCCAUAAACAGAGGCGCGAGUAUUUUAGGGAGCGUAAAGUGAACGUGAUCGAGCCGCCUCAUCACAUGGAUUUGAUCGAGGGAUUGAAGCAUCAGCACAACCUCGUCAAAUCCGAGAGUUUCUAACAGCCUAUCUCGUUUAGAACAGGUUUCAUCAGUGCUGUCCAGUCGUUGAUUCCCGUUUUUUAAUUAUUAAGAUUUUUAUAUCAAAUUUUUUAGACGUACGAGAAUUGGUCAGUUCAGUUUGUAAGUCGAAUAAUAUAACUAGUGCAAAAGACUUUUACUUAAGGAAUUUUUGAGAAUUAAUAUAGAUAAUUCUUAUCUAUUAAAUAAAUUGGAUAAAAUUACAGUUUUUCUAGUGUCUCAUGUAGUAAAUGUCUCAGUUUCUAUUCUUAUCACAUUUCUAUUGAAGUCAGUGAGUAGAAAUUGAGACGUGAACAGAUGUUGGGACAUUUACUGGAAUGCCUAAAAUGUUAUUUUUGUAUUUUUUAUAUGAAAAUUAGGACAGCACUGAUUUCGGUACACACUACUGUCCAUAAACUCGAUCAAUAUUUUUACUUAUAAACGAA